AUGUCUGUCUUAAAUUUACCAAGAAAAUUGACUAGGAAGUGUGGUACAAUCUUCCUUGAUGUCAUCACUUUUCUUGUCUUUCUUUCCCUUGACUUUCUGGCUACUGUUCUUUGUGUGAUAUACAAGUUACUUGAUGAGUUAUUUGAUGGUAAAGGCUCUCCAUGUUAUUGUGAAAACAAGGGAGAGAAAAAUGGGGAGUGUUGUGGUGAAGAGAUCAAGGAAUUGUCAGAGACUUUGAAUGGGAGGAAAAAUGUUUUCAGGGAAAUGGGGUUUCUUGGUUUUGCAAGAAAGUGUGAAUAUGAAAAGAAAAAUGAUGAUGAUGGUGGUCGAAAAGAGUUGGUGCAUAGGUGGUCUGAUUGUGGAUGCGAGUCCUUGGUUUCUUGGAUGAAGAAAGAUGAUCAGAAGCUUCAUGUUUUUGUGAAAGAGCUUCCACAAGGUAAAUUUCAGGGAAUUAUUGUUUAA